CUCUCUCUCUCUCUCUCUCUCUCUCUCUCUCUCUCUCUCUCUCUCUCUCUCUCCCUUGCAGAGAGACAUCUAGGACCCGCUCCUCCAGCAGCCUGCUCCAUUUGAACUGCGGCUACCCCAUGGCGCGGUUCCUGAGACUUUGCACCUGGCUGCUGGCGCUUGGGUCCUGCCUCCUGGCUACAGUGCAGGCAGAAUGCAGCCAGGACUGCGCCAAGUGCAGCUACCGCCUGGUGCGCCCCGGAGACAUCAACUUCCUGGCUUGCACACUGGAAUGUGAAGGACAGCUACCUUCUCUCAAAAUCUGGGAGACCUGCAAGGAUCUCCUGCAGGUGUCCAAGCCUGAGUUCCCUUGGGAUAGCAUCGACAUGUUCAAAGACGGCGGCAAACAGGAUGAGAGCCACUUGCUAGCCAAGAAGUACGGAGGGUUCAUGAAAAGGUAUGGGGGCUUCAUGAAGAAGGUGGAUGAGCUUUAUCCUGUGGAACCAGAAGAAAUGAAUGGAGGUGAGAUCCUUGCCAAGAGGUAUGGCGGCUUCAUGAAGAAGGAUGCAGAUGAGGGCGACACCCUGGCCAACUCCUCCGACCUGCUGCUGAAAGAGCUCCUAGGAGCAGGCGACAGCCGCGCACGAGAAAGCCACCACCCUGAAAGCAAUGACAACGAUGAUGACAACGUGAGCAAGAGGUAUGGCGGCUUCAUGAAAGGCCUCAAAAGAAGCCCGCAGCUGGAAGACGACGCGAAGGAGCUGCAGAAGCGCUAUGGGGGCUUCAUGAGAAGGGUGGGCCGCCCAGAGUGGUGGAUGGACUACCAGAAGAGAUACGGAGGCUUCCUGAAGCGCUUUGCUGAGUCUCUGCCCUCCGAUGAAGAAGGGGAAAGCUACUCCAAAGAAAUUCCCGAGAUAGAAAAAAGAUAUGGGGGAUUCAUGCGAUUUUAAAGCCCUUUCCCAGAAGUGACCCCAGGUACCCACCAGCCUGCUCCAUCCCCAAUGAGCAACUGCCUCAUCCACCGUGUUUGUUGUCACUUGCUGCUUGUACCUUUAC